AUGCCGGCAACUACUAUGCAGCACGUCACUUCCUUCUUUCGAUCUCAUUCGCACCCAUUCGACCUACCAACUGAAGGGAAGAAAGGUCCAAGAAGGAAUUCAAACAGUAGACCAGCCCUUAAAAGUCGUACACCAUCAGCAGCCUCUUCUAUCACAGAAGAUAAAGGAACAAAGAUGCAUGAUCUUUCCCUCACUCAUAAACGUAUCACAAUACCUGGUCUUCAUUCACCAAAGACAUCUUCGAAAGCAGUUCCUAUAUAUCAUGGCGCAACACUUGAUUGUGCCAUUGAGUCACCACCCUUAGUUCUCUAUGGUUCGACAGUUUCGAGUACCGGCGCAUUACUAUCUGGUCAAUUAAAAUUACACAUUCAUGAUGAGAAGUUUGCGAUUGAGUCAUUCAAGAUGCGAUUGGCAUUGGAGGUUACGCAAAAGAAACCAUUUCAUGCGCAUUGCAAUGAGUGUGCUCAUCAAUCAAAUGAUUUAACUACUUGGAAUUUCCUUCAAGGUCCAGCUACUCUUCGAAAAGGCGAACAUGAUUUCCCUUUUAGCUUUCUCCUUCCCGGACAUCUACCGGCGAGCAUGAAGAGUUCAUUAUCUAAUAUCGAAUAUGUUCUCAAAGCCACACUUGUACCAAAGACUGGCGAACCGAUGAAGCUCUCCCACGUUCUCAACAUUAAGCGCGCCAUUAUUCCUUCCGAUAUUCCUCGAAGUUCAAUGCGAAUCUUUCCACCAACGAAUUUGACAGCAAAUGCUCAACUCCCUGCAGUUAUCUACCCAAUUGGUGAAUCAAACAUUUCAAUGCGCAUGGAUGGUGUCGUGAAUCGAAAUGCAGAUGCAAAGACACAAAAUCAUUGGAAGUUAAAACGUUUAACAUGGCGUUUGGAUGAAACCCAUAGAGUUAUCUCACCAGCAUGUCCCAAACAUGCCGCCAAAGUGACAAAGGAGGGAGAGAGCAAAAAAGGUGCCGCUCACCAAGAUUGUCGUACCUUAGCUACCGAGGAGAUUAAAUCCGGAUGGAAAUCAAAUUACGACACAGCAGAUGGAGCCAUUGAGAUCGAAUUCCCAAUUUCUAUUCGUCCAGAUGUAAAACCAAUUUGCGACAUGAAAUCUGAGGAUGGUACUGAAGUUUUCCAUACUCUCAUCGUUGAGAUGAUUGUUUCUGAAGAAUUCGCCCCGAUCAAGAAACCAUCUCAAGUAACACCAACGGGAGGAGCAAGAGUAUUGAGAAUGCAUUUCAAAAUGACAGUUACCGAGAGAUCAGGUUUGGGUAUCUCAUGGGAUGAGGAACAACCUCCUUUAUAUGAGAAUGUUCCUGCCAGUCCUCCUACUUAUGUCAACUCGGAAGUCUAUGAUGGACCACCAAUUCCCGAUUAUGAAGAUUUAUCAGCAUUGGAUGGUGGAAGUGGGAAUUGA